CGUUAAAGAACAAGGAUUGAUUAAUGAGAAACAACAGACUGUCUGGUGGAGUUGCAGGCAGCGGUUGUGACGCAUCUCUGAGGGUGAUCCCAGCAUCCCUCAUGACUCAGCUUGCAGCUCCUCUGCUCCUCUCCAACUGCUCCCCCUCUCUCUGUGCUACAAUCUGCUUGUGGGUGAGCGUUCUUGUCUCUGCACUGUCACCUCCCGCCCGAAUCACUCCUUGUUUGUCCAAUUCUUUUCUCAACACUAUAUUUUAGAGCAGUUUGGGGUUCACAGCAAAACUGACCAGGAGACACAGAAACAUCCUAUCACCCCUUCUUUAGACUGCAGAGCCUUCCCCAUUGCCCACAUUGUCACUAAAGCACCACAGGCAUCUCAGUCCAUGAACCUGGGUUGGCACAUCACCCGCAGCCCACAGUGCACACUGGAGUUCCUCCCUUCAGCUGUGCAGGCUGUGGGUUUUGAAAAACUCAAAGUAACGUAUAUAAUAUAUAUCACAAUUUUUACAGCCCUAGCAGACUUCUGGGCUCCCUGUGCCCUCCUCUCUGCCCCCCACCAUGAAGUUUUGCUUGAUCAGAAUGCUAGACCGGAAUUCACACCGCAAGCCUCUUCAGAUCGGCCCUUUUCAUUUAGCAAUUUGCACUGAAGUCCUCCAUUUCUGCCUCUCCUCUGAUGGAUAAUCUUCAGUGUCAACCUGACAGGAUCUAAAAUGUACUAAGUUCUUAGUGAGUCUCCUUGUUGGGUGUGACUGAAAGGAUGUUUCCAGACAGUGUUAACUGAGGGAAGAAGACCUGCCCUGAAGAUGAGAGCUGGCAUCCCGUGGACUGGGGCCAGAUGGGAUAAAUAAGGAAAUUGAGAAAUCCAGCUGAGCGCUGGAAUCCCCAUUUUCUCCAUUUCCUGAUCUGUCCAGAAGUGAGCAAGCUCCUGCUGCCUCAAGCUCUUCCCGUCCGCCAGCAUGCCUUCCUGGAUAGAACAGACUGUAUACCCUCAAACUGAGCUACAAGAAAUUUUACUCCUUUGGGUGCUUUCUCUCAGAUUUUUUGUCAGCCAUAAGAAAUCUCUGCCUCCUUUACUCCCCUAGAAGAUGGUACGAGAACAGUACACCACAGUCACAGAGGGCACCCACAUAGAGAGGCCCGAGAACCAGCACGUCUACAAGAUCGGGAUUUAUGGCUGGAGGAAGCGCUGCCUCUACCUCUUUGUUCUUCUCUUGCUUAUCAUCCUUGUUGUGAAUCUUGCUCUCACAAUCUGGAUUCUGAAAGUGAUGUGGUUUUCUCCAAUAGGAAUGGGUCACUUGCAUGUUACACAAGAUGGACUUCGCCUGGAAGGGGAAUCAGAGUUUUUAUUUCCACUAUAUGUCAAAGAAAUACGCUCCAGAGUGGACUCAUCUCUGCUUCUGCAGUCAACUCAGAAUGUGACAGUCAAUGCUCGCAACUCAGAAGGGGAGGUCACAGGCAGGUUGAAAGUAGGUCCCCAAAUGGUAGAAGUCCAGAGUCAGCACUUUCAGAUCCGUUCUGAAGACGGCAAGCCACUGUUCACCACCGACGAGCAGGGUGUCACGGUCAGCACGGGCAGACUGCGAGUAACGGGGCCGGAAGGAGCUAUUUUUGAACACUCAGUGGAGACACCCCUUGUCAGAGCUGACCCAUUUGAAGACCUUAGGUUAGAAUCCCCAACCCGGAGUCUAAGCAUGGAUGCCCCAAGGGGGGUUCACAUUAAAGCUCACACUGGGAAAAUGGAGGCCCUUUCUCAAAUGGACGUCAUCUUACAGAGUAGUGAUGGAGUGCUGGUGCUUGAUGCUGAAACUGUGGGUUUGCCCAAGUUGGAGCAGGGGACACCGGGUCCCUCUGGCAGCUCUGAGGGAUUCUAUGAGAUUUGUGUGUGUCCCGAUGGGAAGCUGUACCUGUCUGCGGCUGAUGAGGCCACCACCUGCGAGGAACACAGUCACAUCUGUCUCUGACCACUACCUCUUCUGCAGAACAGCUGUUAUCUCGGUGAGCUGAGAGCUGUGGCCUCAGCCUUCAUGUCCCCAGCAUCUGGGUGGGAGCUGGAAGACUCACUGCUAAAGCACUUAGAAGAUUGCAUGGGGAAUGUGUCCUUGGAACCGUUGGGCCUAAAGUGUCUGUUUUCAGCAUGGCACAAAGAAAUGUCAAGAACUUAGUCGCUGGAUUUUCAUCUUUCUGGCCACCUUCCACAUCUCUCGUGUUGAACUGUUGUCUGGAAGUACUCAAUAGCAGACAUCUAUCUCCUCACACACUGACUGGUGGAUUCUAAAAUGCACCAAUUCUGCACAGCCCUUCCUUUACGUUAAGCCUCAAGUGCUCCCUUUAGCCAAGUGCAAUGUGUCAGGUUUUACCAAGAGAGAUCCAGGGCUUGAAGGGAGUUUGAAGUUGAUAGAUUGUUAAUAUGUAGUUAGGGGAAGAAAUUACACAAAAUUAGUCAUGCUUUUUAUAUACAUACCAAUAAGCAAUAAAA